AUGAUGGCAUUGGACUCGUCGCGUCAACAGCAACCAUCAUACUUCCACACCGUCCCAAUGGAUCCAGCCUUGGUCGAUCCCUUCGGAUUCCAUGCCGACACCUUUAGCGGCUUCGGACAGUCUGCUACCAAUGCUCCACCACAACCCUCAUACUACGAAACCUCCCCAGUAUAUGGGAAUCCACACUCGGAUGCUAAGACUUCCAAUUUCCCCCCUAUGCCUCCUACCCCCCCUUCGCUUCCACUGCCUUACUCCACAGAACCUUAUAUGUCGGGGCUAUCGUCUGCGUCCGGUCCGUCCGUCGCGAGUGCCUCAUCUUCAGCAAUUGGUUCACCAUAUUCUGGCAUCACACAUACCUUUCAAGAGAGCUGGAUUGAUACCAAUAACGGUAUUGGGCUUCCUGCCGCAGUCAUGGAUGAAUUCUUUCCCAAUGACUUUAUAGGCAACUCCUUAGACUCGGAAGACAUUUACCAAACGAAAGGCCCCGACGACUUCGUUGAUCCUUCAUUAAUCCAGCCGAUUCACCGGCAACCAAACUUCUGCCCUCCUACCAUCGCUUUCCCCGAGCAAUCGGGCUUCCUCGCCUCUCAUUGUGGCUUCUUGCUCCAGUCUCCUGAUACAUCGCACCUUCCUGUUCUUGAGAACUACUCUGCGGAUCAUCUGUCACCGAAUGCUCUUGCUGGCUCUUCUCCUCUCCUGAACCCAACUUCUCACUCGCGUCCUGUUUCCAUUUACGACCGAAGGUCAUCCAUCUCCUCCAUCCAGUCCCGCCAGUCCCGACAGAGCCCAGCUGCCAGCCCAGCAGACCUCGAUGAAGAGAUCAAGGAGAAAGGGCGAUGCCCCCAUCCUGACUGUGGGAGAGUCUUCAAGGAUCUCAAGGCCCACAUGCUCACACACCAAUCCGAGAGGCCCGAGAAGUGCCCCAUCGUCACUUGCGAGUAUCAUACCAAAGGGUUUGCUCGCAAGUACGAUAAGAAUAGGCACACCCUCACACAUUAUAAGGGGACCAUGGUCUGUGGCUUCUGCCCAGGAUCUGGCUCACCCGCGGAAAAGAGCUUCAACCGAGCGGACGUCUUCAAGCGUCAUUUGACUUCAGUCCAUGGGGUGGAACAAACACCACCAAACUGUCGCAAGAGGAGCCCAACUGCGUCCUCUAACAAGAACGUUUCAGAUUAUUGUCAAGAUGCCACGGGCAAGUGCUCGACCUGCUCCGCCACUUUCAGUAAUGCGCAGGAUUUCUAUGAGCAUCUGGACGAUUGUGUUCUCCGUGUUGUGCAACAAGUCGAGCCUAGCGAGGUAAUCAAUCAGCAACGGCUUGCUGAAGUGGAUUCCGACGAUGAAGUGAAGAAGACCAUGGAGAAGCACAGAUUACUUGACACAACCGAAACCAUCGAUCAGUUUGACGACGACCAGUUCGAUGAGGACGACGAUUAUAACGAACUAAAUCUCCAUCUGCGCUCGAGCAAAGGCGCUUUGAAAUCGAACAAAGGAAGUCUCCACGCGACGUCUCGUCCUAUUCUGGGAAACAACAACGCCAUCACCAAGAACAACAAGGCACGUCCGACCGUCUCCAAACGGCGGAACAACCGUGACCGAUACCCUCCCUCCUGGGGCUGCCCAAGCAGCAGCAUGAAGACCAAAAAGCGUGUGCUCUGCGUUUUUGACGGGCAGCGCCGACUGUGGAAAGAUGAGAUGAUGCUUGAUAAUGAAUUCGAGGUUCGGUUGAAGCUUCCCGGGGGCGCUGGUGACGGCACCAACCGAGAGGCGUACAUAACCGACUUGGAUGUCGAAACGCUCAAACGCGUUGAGGGCGUGCUGAGCGCUAACGAGGAGGAAAGAGGUCCUUGGUUACAGGGACCAUCUACCCACCUCAUCGGACAACCGGCUAUGGUCCUGCCUGACUUUUCUCAUUCCCACGAAGACGUGGAUAUUGAUGAGUUGAUGUCUUGA